AUGCCCACGCCCGGGCUCUUCGAUGAGUCCGCGCAAGACUACCUCUCAGCGCGUGUGCAUUCUUCCAGCGGCCUGGACACGCCGGGGAGUCCGGGAAGCAACCUCUCGCGCUCGGGCAGCUCGUCCGAUUUGUCUACUUUCGACUCCCUCAACCAGGAUGCCUUCCCGCCCGUCGACAGGCUGACCAUCUUCGACAUCCUCGAAAACUUCGCCCUGCCACAGCGAUUAGAGCGCAUGCAGCACGCCAUCCACGACAACGCCGAGAAGCUACGACGGCAAAGGGCCAAGCUGGCCAACAAGGCGUUGGCUGGCAAAAACAAUAUCGUGGAGAAAUGGAAAAAGAGCGGAGCGCCUGUAGUCGGCGCUGGCGUCAGCUCGGCCGUGGGCGAGGAACAGCUGGACAAGUAUCGACGGCGGAUGAGAGUGUCGGUGGAGAGGCUGAACAAGAGAUGGAGUGCCGCCAGAACACCGACGAUGCAAGAGAAGAUCUCCUUCGUCACCGCUGUGCUCAACAUCUUCAUUUCUGGCUACCUAAUCGGCGGGCAUCCAGAGUAUUUCCACUACUGGUACACGAUUCAGCUUGCAUACUUCAUGCCUGUCCGCUGGUACAAAUAUCACCAGAUUGGCUAUCACUACUUCCUCGCCGAUCUGUGCUAUUUCGUCAACUUGCUCCUCAUCCUAUCCAUCUGGUUCUUCCCGCAAUCGAAGCGCCUCUUCAUUAGCACCUACUGUCUGGCUUUUGGCAACAAUGCCGUCGCCAUCGCCAUGUGGCGGAAUAGCCUGGUUUUCCACUCCUUGGACAAAGUCACCUCAUUGUUCAUCCACAUCAUGCCCUGCGCCACCCUCCACGCCCUCGUCCACCUGAUCCCCGCCGAAUUGCAAGCGUCCAAGUUCCCCGCGAUUUACACAAUCAAAUACUCCCUACCCUCCGCCCCGGAACACUACCAUCUCCGAGCCAUGGUAGUCUGGGCCACGCUCCCCUACGCAAUCUGGCAACUAAGCUACCACUUCCUGAUCACGGUGCGCAAGCGCUCCAAAAUCGCCGCCGGCCGCCCUACAAGCUUCACCUGGCUCCGCAAAAGCUACUCGGCCAACUUCCUCGGCAAAUUCGUCCUCAGCUUCCCCGAGUCGGCGCAAGAACCAGUUUUCAUGGCCAUCCAGUACUCCUACGCUCUGCUCACCAUGCUGCCAUGCCCGCUAUGGUUCUGGUACCGCUGGGCCAGCGCCGGCUUUCUCCUGGCCAUCUUCACCUGGGCCUCCUGGAACGGCGCAACAUACUACAUCGAUGUCUUUGGGCGGCGGAUGGAGAAGGAGCUCGCGCAGCUGCGGAAAGAAGUCGAGUCGCGCGGAGGGAUUAAGAGUCCCGAGAUGAGCGGGCAGGAUGGCACGGGGGCGUUUACAAGUCCCGUGGGCAGUCCGAUUGGGAUGAUGGGGCAGGAGGGCGGGGUGGGCAAGACGACGGGGCUCGAUUUGGGGCCUGCGGCUACUGCGCUGGAUGGAGCGGCUGCGGCUACGGCUGCGGGGCAUCGGAGAGGCGUGAGUGAGUCUUCUGGCGAUGGGGAGAAGGAGACGACCCAAGUCACCGAGGGCUUGACGGUUGUCAAUGGGCAGGAUGGGAAGAAGGCGGUAUGA